CAGAUGGAAGGAUAUUUUACUUUUACUUGUGUGUUUAUCGGUGGUUCCACUUGUAAUUACAUUUCUUCCGCCCAUAGCUACCAUUCUUACGAGUUUAACUACUUGAAGAGUACCUACCCAGGACUGACAACGCUAGAUAGCACCACAUCGCGUCAAGACCUCACUCUUUGCUAGCUCUAGUAUCGCUUCCCUCUAGUGGUGAGCACUACCAAACAGCAAGAGCCCGAUUAAAUCUGCAACAGCGUCGCCUGCUUCAAGACCACAAUCCAACCGCACACAGCACGGAAAACAUGAAGUCAUUUGUGCUCGUCGCAGCUCUCGGUGGCCUCGCCGCGGCCCAGUUCAGCGGUCUGCCUACCUGUGCUACAACCUGCGCGACAAAACUUCUAAGCAGCACCGGCUGCAACAACGACGCCAAGUGCAUCUGCUCGAGCGGCAGCUUCAUCCAGGACGUGUCGUGCUGCCUCCUCGCUCCGGGCGGCUGCGGCACAGACGAUAUAAAGAAGGCCGUCCAGUUCGCCAGCGAGCUCUGCUCUGCCAACGGCGUAACCGUGCCCAGCACCGUCUCCUGCCCGUCCUCCUCCUCGAAUUCCUCCUCCUCGGCUCCCGCAACCGCCACCAGCACCGCCGCCACCACCGCCGCCACCGCCGACGCAAAGGGAGCGGCAUCCAUGCACGCUGUUGCCCCCAUCAGCUUGCUCGGUAGCUUGGUUGCUGCCUUUGUCUUGCUGUAGGGGAAUUGAAUUUUCCCCACUAUUUUCUUCUUUUUUUUCGUUUUUUUUUUUUUUUUUU